UCUUAAUACCUACAUAUUCAACAAAUAUCAAAACUUACUGAACUCAUGGACGAUAACAGAACAGCACGUGAAUUAUUGUUUUAUUGUCGCCGGUGAUUAUUUGCGGUGCUCAGUGAUUAACGGUCAAAAUGGGAAUUCUGGAAAAAAUAUCAGAAAUCGAGAAGGAGAUCGCGCGAACACAGAAAAAUAAAGCAACUGAGUACCAUCUGGGAUUGCUGAAAGCAAAACUAGCAAAGUAUCGCUCGCAACUGUUGGAGCCUUCGAAAAAGUCAGAAAAAGGUGAAGGCUUUGAUGUUUUGAAGUCUGGAGAUGCCAGGGUGGCUCUGAUAGGUUUCCCAUCCGUGGGCAAAUCUACUCUACUCAGUACCUUGACUCACACAGCAUCCGAGGCUGCUUCUUACGAGUUCACUACUCUCACUUGUAUACCGGGAGUCAUUGAAUACAAGGGUGCUAACAUACAGCUGCUCGAUUUGCCUGGUAUCAUCGAGGGAGCUGCUCAAGGCAAAGGUAGAGGAAGGCAAGUCAUAGCUGUAGCAAGAACAGCAGAUUUAGUUUUAAUGAUGUUGGAUGCUACCAAACAAGAUGUACAGAGGCAGCUGCUCGAAAAAGAGUUAGAGUCUGUGGGCAUUAGGUUAAACAAAAAGAAACCCAAUAUAUACUUCAAAAUAAAAAAAGGUGGUGGAUUGUCUUUCAACUCAACUUGCAUUUUGACCAAAGUUGAUGAAAAGUUGGUUCAAAUGAUCUUGCACGAGUACAAAAUAUUCAAUGCUGAAGUUUUAUUCAGAGAAGAUUGCAGUGCCGAUGAACUGAUUGACGUUAUUAAUGCCAAUCGUGUAUAUCUUCCAUGCCUUUACGUUUACAAUAAGAUUGAUCAAAUUUCAAUCGAAGAAGUUGAUAGGAUUGCCAGGCAACCAAACAGUGUCGUAGUUAGUUGCAACAUGAAGCUGAAUUUAGAUUUCUUGUUAGAGACUCUGUGGGAAUUCUUAUCCCUCAUAAGAGUCUACACAAAAAAACCCGGCCAACCUCCAGACUUUGAUGAUGGCUUGAUUCUCAGGAAAGGAGUCACAGUUGAACAUGUUUGCCAUGCAAUCCAUAGAACUUUAGCUGCCCAAUUCAAAUAUGCACUUGUUUGGGGCACUAGCACAAAAUAUUCCCCUCAAAGGGUUGGCAUACAACAUGUUAUGCAAGAUGAAGAUGUUAUACAAAUCCUGAAAAAGUGAAAAAUUAAUUUUUUUUUGCUCAUGAACUAAAGAACUAUUGAUGGUGAAGAUUUUUGUAUAUUUUUAACUGAGAUCUUUGUCGUGAUAUGAAAUUCAACAGAUCUAUUGAAACUGAGAAUAAAGAGGAUUAUGAAUACCUUCAAUUUUAAUUCCAUAUCAUCAAGAAAGGUAUGUUAGGGAGGUAUGCCUAUUUAUUGAAAAAAGUUUUAAACAGCAAAACUUUGGAAUUACAACAUUGUUUUAUU